AUGAAAAUCCCAGUGGAAAACGAGGUUAUAACUAUUAGGGGAAAUCAAACCCUGUCUAGGCAAUGCUACAUGGCAACUAUGGGCAGCACGGUGGAAACGAUGAACAUCGAUACACCGGAGCUGCUCCUCAGAGAGAAAAAGGCUCAGAAACCCCGUGAAAACUUAGAAACGAUCGAACUUACAGAGGGAUCCGAGAUGUGUGUAAAGCUGGGGGUAGAUUGGCCAAAUGAGCACCGGGAAGCUAUCAUAGCUCGGAUAAAACAGUAUGUGGAGGAGUUUACCAACAAGCCAGAGGAUAUUGGAGGGGUAGACCCGAAGAUAAUCUCGCACAAGUUAAACGUGGAUGCUAAGUGCAAGCCUGUCAAGCAAAAGAAAAGAACUUUCUCUCUAGAGAAACAGAUUGCUAUCCGAGACGAAGUGGAGAAGCUUUUGAAAGCCGGAUUCAUCAGGAAAGUAGAUUAUCCGGAGUGGCUGGCAAAUGUGGAUCAACUGGGCAAAAACGUCGAGGUUUAUGUAGAUGACAUAGUCGUGAAAUCCAAGGGGAUCGAGGAUCACGCAGGGGAUCUGGCAGAAACUUUUGAAAAGCUGAAGGGUUUUAACCUCAAGCUGAACCCGGAAAAGUGUGUCUUUGCAGUCUGGUCUGGGAAAUUUCUAGGGCACCUCAUCUCGGAGAAAGGCAUCGAGGCGAACCCAGAGAAAAUAGAGGCAGUAAUGAACAUGAAAGCCCCGAGCUCGGUAAAAGAAGUGCAAAAGUUGAAUGGAAGAGUCACAGCGUUGGGAAGCACACCCCCAGUGCUAGGUAGACCCGAGCCAGGGGAAAUCUUAUAUUUGUAUCUCUCGGUGAAUGACGAGACAGCAGCGGCAGUCCUGGUAAAGGAAGAUAAAGUGGCGGCGGAAAAGCUAAGGAGAUAUUUCGAGGCUCACAUCAUUGUAGUACGGACAAACCAACCUCUGAGAAAAGCGUUGCAGAGGCCAGAAAUGUCGGGACGGCUGGUCAGCUGGUCGGUCCAGCUGGGAGGAUACGACAUCCGGUAUGAACCGAGACCGGCUCUAGAAGCACAAGUAUUGGCAGAUUUCAUAGCCGAGACCACAGCAAGUGACCAACCUGAGGAACCUGACGAACAACUUCUACGGUGGGUCUUAGAAGUCGAUGGGGCAUCAAAUCUGGAAGGAUCUGGAGCAGGCGUAGUCUUGAAAGGCCCUCACGGAGUCACACUCCGAAGCUCGGUGAAAUUUGAUUUCCCGGCAUCCAAUAAUGUCGCGGAAUAUGAGGCUCUGUUGAUCGGAUUAAGAAUGAUUCAGAAGCUUGGAGGAAAAUGGGUUAUAGAGCAAGUUCCUCGUUUGGAAAAUCAAGAGGCCGAUGUACUAGCCAAAGCAGCAACAGUGAACGAAAAGAUACCAGGGGUCCAUUUCUCUGUUCAAAAGCAUUCCAGCAUCGACAACCAUGAAACCAUUUUUCUAACUCAGCCUUUGGAAAAUUGGAUGCAAGACAUAGCCCACUACCUGAUGGAUGGAACUCUGCCAGAAAACAGAGAUAAAGCAUACAAAAUCUUGCGACAAGCCCCGUACUACGCGUUCCUCGACGGAGUCUUAUACAGGAAGUCAUUCACCCACCCGUGGUCGAGAUGCCUGACGGCAGAGGAAGGGGAGUAUGUUCUGAGAGAAAUACAUGAAGGGAUUUGUGGGGCACACAUAGCUCCUCGCAUGUUGGCAAAGAAAGCAGUGUUACAGGGAUACUACUGGCCCCUAAUGGUCAGGCAGGCAGAGGAGAUAGUAAAGAAGUGCGAAAACUGUCAGAGGCAUCAGAACAUCCGACAUGCUCCCACUACAGAGCAGUGUCCUAUUACCAGUCCUUGGCCAUUUGCAACAUGGGGAAUUGACAUCCUGGGACCUUUCACACCAACCACGGGGCAGAAAAAGUUCUUGAUAGUGGCAGUAGAUCACUUCACGAAGUGGAUCGAGGUAGAGGCAGUGAGUACCAUCACGGAAGCUCGGAUCAGGGAUUUCUUCUGGAGGCAAAUUGUGUGUCGCUUCGGUAUACCCAGAGCAUUGGUGACCGACAACGGGAAGCAGUUCAACUGCCGAGCCUUCAAGGAAUUUUGCAACGACUUGCACAUUGACCUGUGUUUCACUUUGGUAGUGCACCCGCAAAGCAAUGGGAUGACCGAAGUAACCAACCGGACGAUCCUAAAAGGGCUUAAGGCCAGGCUGGGGGAGUUCGAUAAACAGUGGCUGGAAGAGCUACCGAAGGUCAUAUGUGCUUACCGAACCACCCCAAGGGCAGGCACAGGAGACACCCCGUUUUCUCUGACAUAUGGGUGUGAGGCAAUGAUACCUGUGGAAAUAGGGAUGCCAACUCUAAGGGUCCAGUUCUUUGACGAGGCUAAGAACGAGGAAUAG